CUUUACUCUCUCCCUCACUACUCUGUAAACACUCUGUAACGGAGUAGAGUUUUAAAACGCAGGUAAAUUAUACGUUUUCCACGUUACGCUUGUCAAACGCGAUUGUCAAAAGAGAGUUGACGACGACAGACAAACUUUUAACUUUUUUGGCGACAGCCAAAAUAAUUAACUGGCAAUCAGCAAUAAUAACCCUUUUCAACUAGGUAGCAGUUUUGCCAUAUCGUUUGCGACGUAUUGUAGAGCCGGCUUGAGUUUAGACAAUUUCCUGAUUCGUUGUGGACAAGCGCGACGCUGAACCAAUGAACGCGCCCGCCGCUGCCCGCCGUCGAUGAGCGGCGAUUGGCGGACGUGCGAGCCAAUGGUGCCAAUCGGAUCCCGCUCGCGCUCGGCUGUGCUAGCACUGCUAGCAGAAGGAUUUCAAUAUCGACGCGCACUAGACGCUUUCGCGGUCGUCGCGUAGUGUGUGCGAGAGAAGCAAAAAGCGGCGUUUAUUCGCGUGAGAAAUCACCCUCCACGGGGCUAGGCAGACACGGCUUCUCGGCGACGUUCGACCGACGAGGAAUCACGAUGUCGGACGCGAUGGUGGACGAACGGGUGACUGAUGAGAUCGAGGCAUUGAAAGCAAUUCUAUUGGAUAACGAGCUCAACAUCAAGGAAAAUGAUAGAGGCGAGCCAGAAUGUAUCGAGACGAUACUGUUUCCAUCAACCGGCGAGGAUUCGCAAUCACAAUAUGUUUGUGUCACAUUGAUUGUACGAUUACCCUCGGGUUAUCCCGACGUCUCGCCGACUAUCAAUCUGAGAAACCCAAGAGGAUUGGACGAGGAUACGGUAAAGCUGAUGCAAUCCGAUGCUGAGGCCAAAUGCAAGGAUUUCAUAGGUCAGCCAGUCAUGUUCGAAUUAAUUGAG